AUGGAAGGUUGGGGAAGUGGCCCCAAAAUGAUUCAAGACCCCGAACUUGAAGAAGGAGAGGCUUGCUAUCACAAGGAUGAUACAAGCAUUGACCCUGAUGUAGCUCUCUCUUACCUUGAUGACAAGGUUCAAAGUAUUUUGGGACAUUUUCAGAAAGAUUUUGAAGGAGGAGUUUCCGCUGAAAAUUUGGGGGCAAAAUUUGGUGGGUAUGGUUCGUUCUUACCAACAUAUCAACGUUCUCCUUCUGUUUGGUCUCAGCCAAAAUCUCCAUUAAGAGUUCAAAAACCCAGCACGCCAAGAUCUCCUAAUUGUCUUCCUCCGGAGGGUAUCCCCCAUCAUUCUGGGGUGCUCCCAAAUGAGGCUUUUUCUCAUAGGAAUGGUGCUAAUGCUUCCCCUGCUGUACGUUCUUUACAAAAUUUAAAGGCCUCAUCAGUAGAUGGAUCAAUCAGACAAGAUGCUCUCUUGUCUGGUCAAGUUGCUGAGUCUUGUCCCAUUGAACCUGGAUUUCCUUCAAGUAAAUCAAACAAUCAAACUGACCAAAGAAAAUUAAAGGUUCGUAUCAAAGUGGGUUCUGACAGGACAACACAAAGGAAUGUUGCGAUCUACAGUGGUCUGGGGCUUAUAUCUCCAUCUUCCUCAGCGGGAAACAGUCCUGAGGAAAGUGGUGGAACUUCAUGUGAACCUCAUGAGAUCCCUGAUGAAUCUCCGUCCAGAAUCCUUGAGCUAAUGAUUUCGUUCCCAGUUUCUGGAGUCCUGCUUUCACCUCUUCAUGAAGAGUUGCUCAACUUAAUAAGAGAGAGAAGUUCUUCAGUAGAUAGUGAGCCUGCAGCUUCCCUCAAGGGUGUGCACAAUCACUCUGUUGUACCUGUUUAUGAUGCAAAUCCUAGGCUUGGGAAUGGGGAUGUUUUGAGAGGGAAGAAAACCAAAUCUGUUGAGAAGAGAGCAAAAUUUGAGUCAAAAAUUGAACCUGGAAUGGUUAUAAAAGAAGAUAAGAAAAAUUCGGGAACUGAGACUCUGGAAUGCAGGCUGCAGUCAUCUGAUGAUUUAAAUUGCAAGCCUCUAUCAGAUUCAGACUGCAGUGCUGGUGAGUCUUUGAAAGGUGUUGUUAGGACACCUGAAACUAUCAGGGAGUUUGAAAGGGAUGUCCCAGUGAGGAAGAUGGAGGGAAAUAAGGAUGGUGCGAAAGGAAGAGUAGGAUCUGCUGAUGUGGUCAAGGCAGACUCCUUUGAAUCAAUAUCUGGCCAGAGUGGUGGAAAGUAUAACUACCAGGAGCCCAAAAAUAGAUCUGCAGAGAAGGUUGGGAAACAUAUAAGAAGUUCUCAGAAAGAUGGCUCAAUUGAUCACGGGAAUGGUGUCAGAAGCAGAGGUAAGAAAGUUCCUGCUUCAUUUAAAGCCAACUCUGAUAUUUCUGAUGGUGAGACGGUUUCCAGAGGAGCCAUGGAUCCUUUGAGUCAGAAAUGUAUUCUGAAAGCUACAUCUGGAGAACAGGAUGAAUUGAGGAUGUCUCCUGCCGUAAAUAAGCUAUCAUUGCAAGGUCAAAAGAAGUCAAAGGGCAGUAACAGUAGUGUCAAACUGGAUUCAAAUUUAGUGGAGGAAAGUUUGAGGGGCGAUGUUUCUUCUGCUACAAAAAACAAAUUGACUGCGAAAAAGGAUUCCUGUAAAGUCCAUAACAGUCAUAAAGAUGUGGUUGACACAAGAUCAGAACAUUUGAAUAUCCUGAAGGAAUCACUGGAGAGGCCUUCUGAUGAUAGGUCAAAGAACUCUAAUCUCGAGACUGUCAAGGAAAAGCAUGCAUCUGCUGAUAAAUUCAAAACGAGAGCAACUAGUAAAAAAUUAAACAACCAGGUAAAUUCUGGAACAAAUUUGAAGGGUCCCCCAGCUGAUACCCCACCUCCUGCCAAAGGACUCAUUCCUGAGACUGAACAGACCCCUGUGGCUGGUGUUCUCAUAGAAGAACAUUGGGUCGCUUGUGACAGGUGUCAGAAGUGGCGUCUUUUGCCAAUUGGUACUGUGCCUCAGAAUCUACCUGAUAAGUGGGUUUGCAGCAUGCUAAACUGGCUGCCAGGGUUGAACCGUUGUGACAUCAGCCAAGAUGAGACAACAAAAGCUCUUUAUGCUUUAUACCAGGUUCCUUUCCCUGAUAAUCAAAGUAAUAUUCAAACUCAUGCUGACAAAACCACAAAUGGAGUGGCUUCAGGUGGUAGCAAUCGUUUCGGUCAGAACCAGCAAAACUUUGAUUCUGACCAAAUCACUGAUGAGGGAAAGAAGAAACACAAAUUUAAAGAAACAGCAAACACUGACGGUAUCAGUGAUCCAAUUCCUUCUUCAAACUUAAACAAAAACUUCCAACUGCAGCCAGUGAAAAACAGAAGUCUAAAGGAGGGCAACCAGCCUCAAGCAGCACCCAAUCUAAUUAACAAAUCUAAUGUGCAAUAUCAGAAUAAGUCAUCAGCUGUCAUGGCAAAAUCAUUGAAUAAACGAAAAGACGAGCAUUUAGUUGGAGAUGAUGCAAAUCCAAGGAAGAAAAGCAAGAGGGAGUCUGAUCAGCAUGUACAUUCAAAUGUGAAAAAGAUUAAACCUGCAAUGGAUUUGGAUGACUUUCAGACCUUUGGUGGGGAUCUUGGUAGAGUUGACCACAGUUCGUCUUCCGGUUUGCCAAAUAAGGCGGCUUUGAAGGAUAAGAAAAAACUGAGGGUACUUGAUUCAAGAUCUGAGGGGAGAGAAAAAUUACAAAUUUCUGGGGAAAAACAGAGAGAUAAUGUGCAGGAAUUACCCCAUAAUGGGUCCCUGGAUAUUAACGCAUGCAAUAAAAGGGAAAUUUCUUCAAAGAAGAGAAAAUUGAAGGAUUCUCAAGGCAGUCAGGAUUAUCUACUGACACUGCAAAGUAAUGGAUGUGACCUUCAAAACAGCAAAGUAUCUGUAAAAGAGGAGAGCAGCAAUAUUGGAUUUCAUAGAGAGAAGAAGUCCAUGGUGUCUCAGACUGAUGGGAAGGAGUUCAGAAAAGUUGAGGAUAAUGAUAUAAUACCAAAAAGAAAAAGCACAGCAAAUAAGAUUCUGUUAUCUGGGAAUAAAGAAAUUCCAUAUGUCAGGAGUACUGAGAAAGAACGGCAGGUAAGAAAAUACAGAGCAAAGUUUCCAGUGCAGCUAACCAUGGAUGAUAUAGAAUCACUGCGGAAGGAUUUGGGGUCUGAACCCUUAUCAAUGGCUGCCACUUCCAGCUCCUCUAAGGUUUCGGAUUCCCGUAAAACCAGAGGGAAUUGCAAAGAAGUCAAAGGAUCACCUGAAGAGUCUGUUUCCUCAUCUCCCAUGAGGAUCUCUUAUCUGAAUAAGGUUUUACCAGCAAGGAUGGAGACUAUAGAGAAAGUAGAUUCUAGGCUCAACGACUUCUCCACAAUGGGAAGCUCAAGGAAAUCUCUGGAUAAGAAUGGAAAUUUUGUGAGCAAUCGUUUGGGGACAGCCAGGAAGGGAAAAGCUACCAGUGGUCUUCCCGAGUCUUUUGAACAUCCUGUGCUAGAUUUUCGGGACAGUGGCGCUAGAGACAAAUUCAGUGGCAAACACGAAUCAGGCACUAAUACUCCCUCUGAAUAUGGCAAUGGCUCUUUUGUUCAUAACAAUGGUGACAUACUGGACCAACAUAGCCUAUGUCCCACCAGUAUGCAUGUUUCAGAGCGCAGCCAUAGCAAGGAGAGGAUGAACAAGAACCGUUCUAAUAUUGUGUUAUCUCAACAGAUCUCUAAAAGGGGUACCUCUUUGCUGCCCAUGGAUAAGAAUGAGAGAGUGGCAGAGAGGGUUUCCAGUCCACAGAUCGACCAGGAACACUUGAAUGCAAAUAAAAAUUUGAAAGAAGAGGCAUUUAUUGAUCACAACUGUCGAGGAGAUAAACAAGACACAUUGCCUCCUAGCAAAUCAGUGCCAGGAUCUCUGGAAGGAAAUUUUACAGAUUUAAAACCACUUGAUACUUCUGUAGUUGGUGAUUUAUCAAAGGUAUCAGAAGAGCCAGCUAAUAUAUGUCAUCAGCAUGGAACUAGCAACUUCAAUGUCCAUAAUGUGGCUGAUGGGGCUGUGAGUCGACAUCUUAGUUCUGUUAGCCUUGCUAACAAGAAUUCCUCCAGUCUGACUCCAACUAGUGUUCUGAAAGAAGCUGAAAAUCUCAGAGAUUAUGCUGAUCGUCUCAAGGAAUCUGGAUUUCCUUUUGAAAGUAACGAGGCAUACUUCGAAGCUGCUUUAAAAUUUCUUCACGGUGCUUCACUUUUAGAGGCGUGCAAUAGUGAAACUAGCAAGUACGGGGAGAUGAAUCAAAUGCAAAUGUAUAGAAGUACUGCCAAACUUUGCGAAACCUGUGCCCAUGAAUAUGAAAAACGCCAAGAAAUGGCUGCUUGUGCACUGGCCUACAAAUGCAUGGAGGUGGCUUACAUGAGGGUAGUUUAUUGCAAAAAUUCGACUACAUACAGAUUUCUGCAUGAUUUGCAAGCAAGCUUGCCAUCUGCUCUGCAAGGUGAAUCUCCAUCAUCUUCUGCAUCUGACAUUGAUAACUUGAACAAUUUAAUGGUCGAUAAAGCUGUUUUGUCUAAAGGCAAUGGUUCUCAAGUUGGGAAUCAUGUUAUAGUGCCUCGAAACCGCCCCAACCUUAUUCGGCUUCUUGACUUCGCAAAAGAUGUGAAUUCUGCAAUGGAGGCCUCCAGAAAAUCCCAGAAUGCUUUUGCAGCUGCUAAUGUGAACCCAGAAGAUGCUCAGGAUAAAGAGGGUAUCGGCUCUGUUAAGAGGGUUAUCGACUUCAGCUUUCAGAAUGUAGAGGAACUUGUAUGUUUGGUACGGCUUGCAUUUAAGGCUGUCAAUCGUCAAGGUUUCAAUGGCAAUAGAGAGUAG